AUGAAUGAAGUUGGUCAUAUCAAAAGUUCACAUACUUGUCAUUGGCGUGUGCCAAAUUGGUCUCAACUUCGUUUAGGUAUAGAAUACAGUAGUCCUCCUUUGCUUUUCGAUGAUUUAAAAUGGUCGAUAAAACUUGUUAAAGGCAAAACUAAAACCCCAGAUGUAAAUGAUUAUGAGUGUUCUGCUUUCAAUUUAAUGCUCUCAAUAUAUGUGCAAAUACACGAGACAUCCCCAGGUUCCUUAAGGGGAAUAAGAAAAAAUGUUCAACUCACUUUAAAGAUAAACAAUACAAAUCCAUCAAGCUAUUAUAACGAUUUCGGCGUAGGAAAAAGGCUGCAACCUGUCUGGUUUAGUGAGAAACAUACAAAAUGGGGAGAAGAUUCAUUAGGAACAUUAAGUAGCAUCAUUCCUUUCCUUAGUAGAGAUCAAGUCUCCUUGUCAGUCAACAUCACUAUUCUGAAAUCCGAAGUAAACAACAUGACUGCAGCAACACCUACAGAUAUUAUUACAUCACCGCCAUUUUCUAGAUACAUUGAUUCAAAGGAAUUUUCUGAUAUCUCGUUUAAAGUGUUAGGGAAUGACUCGGUCGAGAAUUUUCGUAUUUUUUAUGGCCACAAAAACAUUUUGGCGGCAAUAUCUCCAUGGUUCAAUAUUAUAUUUACAAACGGUAUGAAAGAGUCCCUAGAAAAUGAAAUAACGAUUAGCGAUGUAAAGCAUGAUAUAUUUUACCGAUUAUUGAAGUAUUGCUACACAUUCAAAAUUGAUAUCGACGAUAUAGACGACGCUUAUGAGAUGUUAAAAGCCUCAGAUCGUUUUCAAAUAUCAAACAUACGAGAAGAGUCACUUCGCUUUUUGAGGCAAGAACUAAAUGAGGAUAAUAUAUGGGAUAUAUGGGAGUGCGCAGACAUGUAUGGAUGCGAAAAGACAAUCAACACAUGCAAUUCAUAUGCUAGUGUUGAAAUGAAAGCUCUAAUAGCACACCCUUCGUGGCUGUAUGCACAACCAAGGGUUAUCAAAAUGGCCUUGGAAAUAGGAGAGGGAGAUCUACCAGCUGAAACAGAGUUAUACAAAGCUGUUUUAUUAUGGGCAAAACAAAGGCUUGAUAAAAUAACUAUUAUAGAUGACACUAAAGAAGAUGUUGAAAAACUAUCAAUGACAAGAACACAGCUAUUAGCUUCUGUUGUUGAUGUAGAGCCUCUUGCUAUUUCAUCAGCUGUGGUGGAACCCGAUGAUGAUGACGAAGAGGAACAAAAGCAUUCAUUGGAUCGAGAAGUUCAUGUUACACAUGUUACGAAUAGAGUCAUAGCCCCAUUAGAGCCACAUGAUCUUGAAAUACACCUUGCAAGCAUACUGCAAUCGAUAAGAUUCCCCAUGAUGCCACCAGCAUUUUUAGCCAACAAAAUAGAAAGUGAUUCUUUCAUCAUGAACAUAGAGGGAAUGAGGGAUAUGUUGUACGAGGCCUAUAAAUAUCACGCUGUCCUCGGAACUUCUUCAUCCAUAAGGUGUCAACCGCGAAAACCGCAAGCAGAAGAUGAACUUUAAGUACCUGUGUAUCACCAUUAG